AUGUCGAUAGCUUUUGACCCGUCUCCUUCCUUAUCCCGUCCAACAACAGACUCAUCCCAUGCUAAAUCGAAUCCAUCAUCCAUUACAAAUUACAUAUUUAGGAGUUUACAUUCUCCAGUUUGUUGGUUCAUAUUAACAGAAGGUUUAUGCAAGUGGCGGUGGUUGAAACAGCGACAUCGUUGCCCUGUCAUGUCAGUGGCUGAAGACACAACUUCAUCUCUCUCGCUUCUGAUUGAAAAGGAAACUUGAAGGACUGUAUUGCCAAAAUGGAACCAUCUGGUUAAGAUCACAAUUCAUGCUUUCAAACUAUUGGGUUUUACGAAGAAAUGCUUCCUUAAAUUUGAAUUUAAGAGAAGGUUGAUUAUUUGAUAUUAUGUAGCCUCUUCAUAUCCAGAUCUUGGAAAAUGAACCCAGGGAUUCCACUACAGAGGAUUCCCAACAAGAUAAGAUUUUUUUUUUCUCUCCUGAACUUCAUUCUGAUAAAUUGUAUUAUUUACUGAAAUUUAUAUAGUUUAUUACCAACCACUGAAGUACAUAUAUUUACACAAAGAUUCAGUGUUUUCAUCCUUUUUUAUUUGUUCUCAGGUCACAGUAGACGAGACUGACAUGGUUACAAUUGUAGACCUUCCAGCCUGUUGAGAUUUUAGUGUUUUUAAUUGAAGGUGCAUAAAAAGGAGCUUGAAAGGUAGGAUGAGGCUCCUAAAUUGGUUCUUGGUUCCUGGAGGAUAAAAACAUGUGUUAGUGAGGAAAAAUAAUAUAAAAAGGCCCAUAUAACCUUCCAAUUAGAGCUAGGGGCAAAAAGGUCAUAAGUUGAAAAGAAAGCAAGGCGGUUGGGAUGUACAUGGAAAAUACGCAAAACUUUGAAGCCAACACCAAAAAAAAAACAAUAUACAUAUAGAUCUAAAACUCAUAGCAGCUAACGGAAGUCCCAAGGGUAAAAUGGUCAAAUCUUGGAACAAACGCUGUGUGGGAAUUCUACAAAAAAAAUUUGUUUUUUAUUUUUUACUUUUUUUUUCCGGAUAUUUAUCUCUCAAAUAAAAUAGAUAGUUUCUCUAAUACAACUUAGAGUUAUUGAUUCUAAUUUGUUUUGAACGACUGUUAAACUAAAAAACUUCGCUAAUGUAUUUGUAUAAACCGUGAG